CUAACAUCCAGAGGCACUCUGCCUCCACCAGGGGAGGUAGAACAUGGCCAUUGCCCUCCAUGAACUUAUCUUCUUUUAAAACCUUCCAAGUUGGUGGAUUUUGUGGGGAACAAAUUUCCUCUGUAAAGAAGUACUUUUGUUCAUGGCGCUUUUGCUUAGCCCUGAGUUCUAGUCUCAUGAGAGAGGGAGAAGAAUGUGCCAGACUGCUUGCCUUUCCCCCCUUCUUCCUAGAGGAAAGAUCACUGGGAAUUUUCUCUUCCAAGAACAGUCCAAACAAAGGCCAUAUUGUUACUGUUGGGGGCGGGCCAGCGAUCCCCCAGGAGGCUGGGGCAGCAGAGGAGCCGACGCUCAGCUGUUGCUGGUGAUCCUGCUCCAGAGUCAGCCAGGAGGCGCACGCGGGUUGAAUCCGCCUGGCCCAGUGAUCCCCACCCGCCCCCACAUUGGAGGUUCAUGCACGGCGUCACGUCCUGAGACAGUUCUCCCCAUCCACCCCCCACAAGACCCAUCCGGGGGAAAGGCGCUGUCGCUGUGAGCAACCCUCAAGCCCAGAGGCGGAGCCUGCCGCGGUUUGAAUCCGCCCACAAAGAAAGGACUCUCCCAGCCGUUUUGUUGCGCUUUCGGAGAGGGGAACCUUGCAAACGGCGCAUCGGCGAGCCAACAAAUAUAUUUUUAAGCUACUUUAUUAUUAUUGUAUUAUUAUUUUCCACCCUGGGUUUAGAAGCAGGAGGACGCUGCUCCUUCCACCCGGACUUCUGGAACUUAGCAGGGCCCAUUAACUUCACCAGCUGCAACUAUGAUCGGAGGAGGCGUCUCGUCCUCCUCCUCUUCCCAUCGGAUCGAGCCUUUGCUUGCGACGCGGAGCCGAACAGCAUGAGAGAAGCGCCCCCAGCGCCAAGGGCAGAGCCCCGGGCAGAGAGGUAGUGGUUCCUCACCAGGAAGACGGUCUCUUCAGUAACCGCUAUGAAGUGCACAGGACCUCCGGAGAGCCAGAAACUUGCCUUGGCAAUGGAGCAUGCUCUAGCAAGAGAGACAGAGACUUGGAAGGUGCCAGUCUUCCAUGGUUUCGCAGUGAAGGGCACAGACAUAUCUCCAUUUUAUUAUGAGAAAGCUGUUUUGUGGAUCAGGGAAUCGAGUUUGCUCUUCCAGUUUUGCUCCGAAACAUUUGCUCUGGCUGUCAGCUUUUUUAAUCGGUUGUUGGCAUCAGUGAAGGCACAGUUAAAAUACCUCCAAUGCAUUGCAACAGCUUGCUUGGUUCUUGCAGCAAAAAUCAAUGAAGAAGAUGAGAUAAUACCAUCGGUAAAGAAGCUUGCAGUGCAGAGUGGUUGUAAAUGUUCUCCAGCUGAGAUUGUGAGAAUGGAAAGAAUUAUACUCAAUAAACUUCACUGGGAUCUUUACACAGCAACAUCAAUCGAUUUCUUAAACAUUGUAAGCACUAGACAUGUUUUCUUUUUCUUUUUUGCAAAAGGCUAA